ACAAAACAUCCAGAGAAGUGAGAGAAAGAAGCCUCCAUCUGAAAUUACACAAAGCAGGAGCAUUGUAGCCAGCAAUAGCAAUCGAAAUAUGGAGGGCAAAGAAAAUCAGGAAAAAGGUCCUCAAGAGGAGGAAUGCACGAAUGGCGGCGGAUCACUGUCGAAGAGCGCACAGAAGAAGCUGUUGAAGCAGCAGAAAUGGGAAGCGAAGAAGGCAGAGAAGAAAGCUCAGGAAAAAGAGCAAAAGAAGAGAGAGGUAGAGAGGAAGCGGAGGGAGUGGGAGGAGAAGUUGGCGAGCUUGGGCGAGGAGGAGAGGGAGAAGCUGAUAGAGGAGAGGAAGAGUCUGAGGAAGGAGAGGAUGGAGCACAAGUCAGAGGAGCGAGCGGUGCAGACACAGAGACUGAGUAAAGCCAAAGAGUGCGGACAGAAGAUCGUGAUUGACCUCGAAUUCUCUCACCUCAUGACCCCCGCCGAGAUCAACAGCCUCGUUCAACAGAUUAUGUAUUGUUACGCGGUGAACAAAAGGUGCAGCGAGCCAGGCCAUCUGUGGUUGACAGGGUGCAAGGGAGACAUGGGGAAUGCAUUAAAGAAGCUGCCGGGGUUUGAUAAUUGGAUCAUAGAGAAGGAAGAUCGAUCCUACAUUGAAGCUCUGGAAAACAAGAAGCAAAAUCUGGUGUAUCUGACUGCUGAUUCGGAAAAUGUGGUUAAUGAGCUGGAUGCAAGCAAGAUAUACAUUGUUGGGGGAUUGGUGGAUCGGAAUCGUUGGAAAGGGAUCACCAUGAAGAAAGCAGAGGAGCAGGGUAUCCAAACGGCCAAACUCCCCAUAGGCAACUACUUGAAUAUGUCCUCUUCCCAGGUGCUAACUGUGAACCAAGUGAUAGAGAUACUGCUAAAGUAUUUGGAAACAAAGGAUUGGAAGGAGGCUUUCUUCCAAGUGAUUCCUCAAAGAAAAAGGGGAUGCCCGGCUGAUUCAGAUCAGCAAUCUAAACAAGUGAAUGGUGAAGAAAAUGAAGAGAAAGAUGAUCAAUUUGGAAGCAAAAAGCAGUGUGCUCAAGUCAAGGGCCUUCCAAUUCCAUGAUUUGUUAAGAGAAUGUGCCUUUCUAUCUGUGUUUAUGUUGGAGUUUAACAUUCACACCACCUAUUCACGGUGUCUUUUUGUAACAGAAGACGAUCAAUAUAACAAUGAUAAGUGAAAUUUCAUUA